AUGGCCCCCUCAGUGACUGAGAGGGCUAGAGGGAGGGAGAGAAGGGGUGAGAAAGGUGGGUAGACAGAUGCUGUGUCUUAGGAUGCUAGCAGGGAGAGACUGAGAUGUCAAUCUAAUGUAUGUGAAGAUUCUAUACAUAUACAACCCUCACAAAACUGUCCGUAGACAACAGGUUUUUACAAAGGAAACCCAUAAAAUGUAUGUACAAAAAUUCAAUGAAACGGCAUUAAUAAGUCUAUUAUAGAAACUGUUCAUUUUUAUUUUAUUUUUAUUUUUAUGAAUUUAACGUGCAAUUAUUUUAUUGAUGGCCAUUAUGUUCUCUCCCUCUCCGCUAAUGAACACAUCCUGUAUGUGGUAUAGAAGGCUACAUGGAUCGUCACUCACACACACACACACACACACACACACACACACACACACACACACAUACACACACACAUACACAUACACGUACACAUGCACACACACGUACGUACACACACACACAGAGAUCCUCCGGUGAGAGAGUAGGAGAGGAUCAAGGACAAUUGUUCAAUCACUGGAGCUGGGAAGAUCCUAGCACCUUAGUAACAAGCCAGAUCAGCAUCUUGAGUAAAGCCUGAUGGGGAAGCUGAUGAGUACGGAUCUUCAGACAGCUGUGGUAUACCGUUUUUUACAAUCACUUUGGCACUCAUUUCAGAACCUUGACGUCAUUUUUCAAAACGCUAGACACAAAACUCAAAACGGUCAUCACUUGUAACACAGGCUGUCCAAUGUUCAAAACAUUGCAUUGUGCAUUCAUAUCUUUAAAGAAAUCUUGCACUUGCACAAUCAUUGGUUCAAAAAACAAAUGUAUUGUGAAAUACCAAUGAAACGUUAAUUUAGAUCACCCACACACAAGCAACCGAUAGUUUCACUGUGUCAUUGUUCGUACAAUCAUUAAAUAUUGUAGUACAAAAUAGGUGAUACAGUGGGGAAAAAAAGUAUUUAGUCAGCCACCAAUUGUGCAAGUUCUCCCACUUAAAAAGAUGAGAGAGGCCUGUAAUUUUCAUCAUAGGUACACGUCAACUAUGACAGACAAAAUGAGGAAAAAAAAUCCAGAAAAUCACAUUGUAUGAUUUUUAAUGAAUUUAUUUGCAAAUUAUGGUGGAAAAUAAGUAUUUGGUCAAUAACAAAAGUUUCUCAAUACUUUGUUAUAUACCCUUUGUUGGCAAUGACACAGGUCAAACGUUUUCUGUAAGUCUUCACAAGGUUUUCACACACUGUUGCUGGUAUUUUGGCCCAUUCCUCCAUGCAGAUCUCCUCUAGAGCAGUGAUGUUUUGGGGCUGUCGCUGGGCAACACGGACUUUCAACUCCCUCCAAAGAUUUUCUAUGGGGUUGAGAUCUGGAGACUGGCUAGGCCAUUCCAGGACCUUGAAAUGCUUCCUACGAAGCCACUCCUUCGUUGCCCGGGCGGUGUGUUUGGGAUCAUUGUCAUACUGAAAGACCCAGCCACGUUUCAUCUUCAAUGCCCUUGCUGAUGGAAGGAGGUUUUCACUCAAAAUCUCACCAUACAUGGCCCCAUUCAUUCUUUCCUUUACACGAAUCAGUCGUCCUGGUCCCUUUGCAGAAAAACAGCCCCAAAGCAUGAUGUUUCCACCCCCAUGCUUCACAGUAGGUAUGGUGUUCUUUGGAUGCAACUCAGCAUUCUUUGUCCUCCAAACACGACGAGUUGAGUUUUUACCAAAAAGUUAUAUUUUGGUUUCAUCUGACCAUAUGACAUUCUCCCAAUCCUCUUCUGGAUCAUCCAAAUGCACUCUAGCACGGGCCUGGACAUGUACUGGCUUAAGCAGGGGGACACGUCUGGCACUGCAGGAUUUAAGUCCCUGGCGGCGUAGUGUGUUACUGAUGGUAGGCUUUGUUACUUUGGUCCCAGCUCUCUGCAGGUCAUUCACUAGGUCCCCCCGUGUGGUUCUGGGAUUUUUGCUCACCGGUCUUGUGAUCAUUUUGACCCCACGGGGUGAGAUCUUUCGUGGAGCCCCAGAUCGAGGGAGAUUAUCAGUUGUCUUGUAUGCCUUCCAUUUCCUAAUAAUUGCUCCCACAGUUGAUUUCUUCAAACCAAGCUGCUUACCUAUUGCAGAUUCAGUCUUCCCAGCCUGGUGCAGGUCUACAAUUUUGUUUCUGGUGUCCUUUGACAGCUCUUUGGUCUUGGCCAUAGUGGAGUUUGGAGUGUGACUGUUUGAGCUUGUGGGCAGGUGUCUUUUAUACUGAUAACAAGUUCAAACAGGUGCCAUUAAUACAGGUAACGAGUGGAGGACAGAGGAGCCUCUUAAAGAAGAAGUUACAGGUCUGUGAGAGCCAGAAAUAUUGCUUGUUUGUAGGUGACCAAAUACUUAUUUUCCACCAUAAUUUGCAAAUAAAUUCAUAAAAAAUCCUACAAUGUGAUUUUCUGGAAUUUUUUUCCUCAAUUUGUCUGUCAUAGUUGACGUGUACAUAUGAUGAAAAUUACAGGCCUCUCUCAUCUUUUUAAGUGGGAGGACUUGCACAAUUGGUGGCUGACUAAAUACUUUUUUUCCCCACUGUACAUGUUUCAUUAUGGUACUACAUGUAAAUACAUCCCUGUAAAAGUACUGCAGUAGUAGAGAGAAUACUACAGACACAGUGGAAUCAUUGAACAAAAUCUGAAAUAUAUUGAUGAAAAACAAUACAGUACUGUAAAACAUCAAAUGCAGUGUUCCUCAACUUGCUUGCUUGUACUGUAAAAAGCAAAACAUAGGAGUGAUUACUGUACUUCUACAUUUUCAUCAACUCUGUCUUGUGGAUUUGGCCACAGGUUCUCAUCUACAUCACAAUGGAUGUUUUCAUUAGCCAAACAUCUUGGAAAAAACCUUCGGGCAUGACGAAUCCAGGCCUGACACUGGUCUGCCGUGAUGUCAUUGCAUGCGUCAUCCAUGGCCUGGAGAAGAUUAACUUGUUCAUGAGGGCCUAUCAUAAACCUUCCAUCUCCAUGUGGAGAAAAAUUCCUCAAUCGGGUUAAGGAAAGGAGAGUAUGGGGGUAAAUACAGGGUGGUAAAUUAUGCAAGGCCUAAAACCAUGCUUGCACCAUAUGAGCAUGGUGGAACCUGACAUUAUCCCACACAAUGACAUGGGUCACGCCAUCAGCUCUACAGACCUGAUCGAGCUCAUCAAGGUUACAAGGAGAGCUGCAUUAUAUGAUCCAAUACGAGGUCUGCGUCCCACCACACCAUCUUCUGAUAUAGCCGCACACAUGGUAAUGUUGGCCCCACGUUGUCCAGGUACUUGGAUGGUUGCCCGCUGGCCAAUGAAAUUCCGACCUCUCCUCCUUGUCUUGGCCAGGUUAAAGCCUGCCUCAUCCAAAUAUAUGAAUUUGUGAUGGUUGUCAUCAGCAUCCAGCUCCAUCACCCUCUAAAAAGCAUUUUGGAAAGAGAUUUACUGAUUACUGUACAAUGUAGAAUUAUUAGGGAAUUUUAUUACAACAGCCAUCUUGAAACUGAACAUACAGUGAGGCAAAAAAGUAUUUGAUCCCCUGCUGAUUUUGUACGUUUGCCCACUGACAAAGACAUGAUCAGUCUAUAAUUUUAAUGGUAGGUUUAUUUGAACAGUGAGAAAAUGCAUGUCAAAAAUGUUAUAAAUUGAUUUGCAUUUCAAUGAGGGAAAUAAGUAUUUGACCCCUCUGCAAAACAUGACUUAGUACUUGGUGGCAAAACCCUUUGUCCCACUCCUCUUUGCAGAUCUUCUCCAAGUCAUUAAGGUUUCGAGGCUGACGUUUGGCAGCUCGAACCUUCAUCUCCCUCCACAGAUUUUCUAUGGGAUUAAGGUCUGGAGACUGGCUAGGCCACUCCAGGACCUUAAUGUGCUUCUUCUUGAGCCACUCCUUUGUUGCCUUGGCCGUGUGUUUUGGGUCAUUGUCAUGCUGGAAUACCCAUCCACGACCCAUUUUCAAUGCCCUAGCUAAGGGAAGGAGGUUCUCACCCAAGAUUUGACGGUACAUGGCCCCGUCCAUCGUCCCUUUGAUGCGGUGAAGUUGUCCUGUCCCCUUAGCAGAAAAACACACCCAAAGCAUAAUGUUUCCACCUCCAUGUUUGACGGUGGGGAUUGUGUUCUUGGGGUCAUAGGCAGCAUUCCUCCUCCUCCAAACACGGCGAGUUGAGUUGAUGCCAAAGACCUCGGUUUUGGUCUCAUCUGACCACAACUCUUUCACCCAGUUCUCCUCUGAAUCAUUCAGAUGUUCAUUGGCAAACUUCAGACGGGCAUGUAUAUGUGCUUUCUUGAGCAGGGGGACCUUGCGGGCGCUGCAGGAUUUCAGUCCUUCACGGCGUAGUGUGUUACCAAUUGUUUUCUUGGUGACUAUGGUCCCAGCUGCCUUGAGAUCAUUGACAAGAUCCUCCUGUGUAGUUCUGGGCUGAUUCCUCACCGUUCUCAUGAUCAUUGCAACUCCACGAGGUGAGAUCUUGCAUGGAGCCCCAGGCCGAGGGAGAUUCACAGUUCUUUUGUGUUUCUUCCAUUUGCGAAUAAUCGCACCAACUGUUGUCACCUUCUCACCAUGCUGCUUGCCGAUGGUCUUGUAGCCCAUUCCAGCCUUGUGUAGGUCUACAAUCUUGUCGCUGACAUCCUUGGAGAGCUCUUUGGUCUUGGCCAUGGUGGAGAGUUUGGAAUCUGAUUGAUUGAUUGCUUCUGUGGACAGGUGUCUUUUAUACAGGUAACAAACUGAGAUUAGGAGCACUCCCUUUAAGAGUGUGCUCCUAAUCUCAGCUCGUCACCUGUAUAAAAGACACCUGGGUGCCAGAAAUCUUUCUGAUUGAGAGGGGGUCAAAUACUUAUUUCCCUCAUUAAAAAGCAAAUUAAUUUAUAUACUCGUUCCGGAAUGUGAACUCAAUCAUCAGUAACGAGUUGGCAGAAUUGGACAAGCAAUUACAAGGGCCUGCAUCCAUACAGUGCAGUACUGUCAAUACUGUAAAUAGUCUGAAAAGGUGGUACAUGGAACCAUAGAAACGGUGUCUGAUAAAGAAUGAUGAUGAAAUAUUACAUCCAUAGAUAAUGUAGUCUAAUUGGUUCAUGCUCCACGCUAAUUGGUGACAAUGAAUCUCGUUAUCUUGAAACUUUCAUGAUCUAAACAUGGAAUAUUGUUUGUCUGUUUCCAUACAACUAUGCAUUAUGGGUAAUGCAACAGUUACUUAUCAUUUCGAGCAGUUGUAUCAAUUGAUAGUUGGAUAAUUGUAAUGAAAUGAAUAGACACUCAUCUGAAAUGUAAUGUGUGAAUUGCCUUUUGAAAUAGUAGUACUUUGAUGUUAAGUUGUGUCAUAUUGAACAGGUGAUUUUUGUUAAAUGAACAAAUGAUCUUAGUUUUAUGUGUAUUGUAUCCAAGCAAUUGAAAAAAGUGUUAGAGUUUUGAAAAAUGUGCAUUUUGAUCAUUGGUUGUGAGUUUUGUGUCUGGAGUUUUGAAAAAUGACGUCAAGGUUCUGAAAUUAGUGCCAAAGUGAUUGUAAAAAACUGUAAGAAGAACAGACAAGGGAAAGGAGAAAGUGAAGUCAGUCUCUAUUUUUCUUCCUCUCCACACACCCUCGUUCUGUUCCACUGUCACUCUUCAUUACCCUCUCCACAACUCCUUCCUCUUUCAUGAUGUUCUCGUCCUCUCUCUCUCUCUGCCCCUCAUCUUUCUUCCUCUGGUGUCUCUUUCCUUCUUUCUCCAGCUUCAGCUUGUCUCUAUGCUUUACCACCAGCCCUUUUUAAUUAAUUUUAUAGAAUCUUUAUUUUAUAGAAUCUUUUUUUUUUUAUCGUAUAAAUACAAUUCAGCUUUCACAUCAAUACAUGGGUUCAUUACUACGUAAUAUGGUUUACAGAUUGAAUUGUCCUUUCCUUUACACCUCAUCACCUCCCCCUUUACAACAGGGAGAGAGAGAGAGCUAGCGAGAGCAAGACCAAGAGAGAGAAGGAGAGAGGGUGAUGGGGGGGGAGCAAUGAAGAGCUGGGACAGUGCGCAGUCUGCAUGCUGAGAGGCAGAGAGGGAAAGAGAGAGAGAUAGAAGAGAAACAGGGUUUUCCUUCUCUGCUUGGUUUGGCGCUCACACAGGAAGGGGAUCUAGAGGAGGGCUUGAGAAGAUUCUCUCUCCAUAUUCAUACUCUCAGGUACCAGCUGUGCGACUGGGUUUUGGACUCAUGUCGUACCUGUUGUGUCUGAAUAGCAGAUAGAUUCAGAGCCAGAGACGUCUAGUGUUCAUUGCAGAGGCUUGGCUCAGCCUCACAGACCAGUGGCUCUAUUGACAUGCACAGUGCCUGACAUGCUUCGAGGACACAGGGACCGACAGAGAGAGGCGUGAUGGUGGCCAGGCGCUGUGACUUGGUCAUGCAUCUCCAGAUCUCUGCCUGCGAUUGGAUCCUAGUGGCUUUUUCUUCCUGAUCCACAUCAAACCUAAUUACUGUCUUGUCUGUCUCUCACUCAGACCUUUCUCUGAGUAGAUGCUCCUGCCAGAACACAUGGCUGAAGAGGAUAACCCAUGGUCUGAACUGUACUGCUGUGAGGAUAUUUUCUGAUACCGUACAUAGUUUUUUUUCAACAUGGGAGUAUUCAAAUCCUUCACAUUUUCCUUACACUUGAUCGACAGUUUCAGUGAAAUGUGAUUUUUUUCCUUCUGAUUUGCGUUUUGCAUAGAAUAUGGGACAUGAAGUUGAACACUAUUGGAGAUGGGUGAGCGGCAACACAACACAAAUAAGGUCAAGUGAAUAAUUGAAACCACAUUAUACAUCUGCUUUUUAUACUCAUGUACAGAUGUUUUUACCGUAGGAUGUUUAAACACAACUGGAACUCUACUGGAUGGAUUUCAGUCUCUUUUGAUAUUUGUGGCAGAAGAUGGUAUUUUUGUACAUUGCAAUAAAAUGAAUGGAAGUUUUAUUGAAACACUGACAAUGGAUGACUGGAAUCCUAAAUCUAAAAGCUAUGAAGAGGGGAGUGAAGUAAUGGAAUAAAUACAUCUGAGAGCAGUUCUGUUCUAAUCCCCUGAGGAAAUACUUCAGCUCUCUCUCUCUCUCUCUUCAGCUCUCUCUCUCUCUCUCUCUCUCUCUCUCUCUCUCUCUCUCUCUUCAGCUCUCUCUCUCUUCAGCUCUCUCUCUCUCUCUCUUCAGCUCUCUCUCUCUUCAGCUCCCUCUCUCUCACUUGCGCUCUCUCUAAAUUUGCUCCCACCUGCUGCCAUAUUCUUUUGAGGAUUAGGAUUUCAAAGCUUGUCAGUCAUCCAUCCAUGUCAGUGUCAGCUCUUUCUGAAUGUAUUUGUCUAUGGUGUGUCUACCGAGCCGACACGCUGCACCAGGGCACCACCUACCUCAUCUCCCUCACCCUGGUCAAGGUAGAGGCUGUGGAAGAGCUUGGAGGGGAGCAGGCCAGGUCAAUCACCCAAGGGAGGGAGGCUGGGGAUGGGGCUGGGGUGGAGAAGGGACAGACCCUCAGUACACAGAAGAACCAGGAAGAUGUUUCUGUCCUGGAGGGUGGGAAAGGUAGUGAACUCAAACUACAGUGAGGGAAAAAAGUAUUUGAUCCCCUGCUGAUUUUGUACGUUUGCCCACUGACAAAGACAUGAUCAGUCUAUAAUUUUAAUGGUUUAAUGGUAAUGGUAGGUUUAUUUGAACAGUAAGAGACAAAAUAACAAAACAAAAAUCCAGAAAAACGCAUGUCAAAAAUGUUAUAAAUUGAUUUGCAUUUUAAUGAGGGAAAUAAGUAUUUGACCCCCUCUCAAUCACAAAGAUUUCUGGCUCCCAGGUGUCUUUUAUACAGGUAACGAGCUGAGAUUAGGAGCACACUCUUAAAGGGAGUGCUCCUAAUCUCAGCUUGUUACCUGUAUAAAAGACACCUGUCCACAGAAGCAAUCAAUCAAUCAGAUUCCAAACUCUCCACCAUGGCCAAGACCAAAGAGCUCUCCAAUGAUGUCAGGGACAAGAUUGUAGACCUACACAAGGCUGGAAUGGUCUACAAGACCAUCGCCAAGCAGCUUGGUGAGAAGGUGAUAACAGUUGGUGCGAUUAUUCGCAAAUGGAAGAAACACAAAAUAUCUGUCAAUCUCGUGGAGUUGUAAUGAUCAUGAGAACGGUGAGGAAUCAGCCCAGAACUACACGGGAGGAUCUUGUCAAUGAUCUCAAGGCAGCUGGGACCAUAGUCACGAAGAAAACAAUUGGUAACACACUACGCCGUGAAGGACUGAAAUCCUGCAGCACCCGCAAGGUCCCCCUGCUCAAGAAAGCACAUAUACAGUCCCGUCUGAAGUUUGCCAAUGAACAUCUGAAUGAUUCAGAGGAGAACUGGGUGAAACUGUUGUGGUCAGAUGAGACCAAAAUCGAGCUCUUUGCCAUCAACUCAACUCGCUGUGUUUGGAGGAGGAGGAAUGCUGCCUAUGACCCCAAGAACACCAUCCCCACCGUCAAACAUGGAGGUGGAAACAUUAUGCUUUGGGUGUGUUUUUCUGCUAAGGGGACAGGACAACUUCACCGCAUCAAAGGGACGAUGGACGGGGCCAUGUACUGUCAAAUCUUGGGUGAGAACCUCCUUCCCUCAGCCAGGGCAUUGAAAAUGGGUCGUGGAUGGGUAUUCCAGCAUGACAAUGACCCAAAACACACGGCCAAGGCAACAAAGGAGUGGCUCAAGAAGAAGCACAUUAAGGUCCUGGAGUGGCCUAGCCAGUCUCCAGACCUUAAUCCCAUAGAAAAUCUGUGGAGGGAGCUGAAGGUUUGAGUUGCCAAACGUCAGCCUUGAAACCUUAAUGACUUGGAGAAGAUCUGCAAAGAGGAGUGGGAAAAAAUCCCUCCUGAGAUGUGUGCAAACCUGGUGGCCAACUACAAGAAACGUCUGACCUCUGUGAUUGCCAACAAGGGUUUUGCCACCAAGUACUAAGUCAUGUUUUGCAGAGGGGUCAAAUAAUUAUUUCCCUCAUUAAAAUGCAAAUCAAUUUAUAACAUUUUUGACAUGCAUGUUUCUGGAUUUUGUUGUUGUUAUUCUGUCUCUCACUGUUCAAAUAAACCUACCAUUAAAAUUAUAGACUGAUCAUGUCUUUGUCAGUGGGCAAACAUACAAAAUCAGCAGGGGAUCAAAUACUUUUUUCCCUCACUGUAGAGGAGAGGAAAUCACCCUUGAGAGACAAGGCACUGUGUGUGGGCGAUGUUCUUCCCAAAGAAAGUGACAAGUUAUCAGACGGCGACAAUGUUAUUACCUCCUCCACUGUUGACAAUGUGAAGACUGAAAUGUUACCGGGUGGAAAGGAUGCAGCAGGUGAGAAAGAGGACAACCAGACAACAACAGUCACCUCAAAACUACACCACAGACCUCGACCCCUGUGGAGGUAGCAGUCGACCCCAACCACACCCCGACCAGGAGCAAUAUCCCUGUACGCACGGUGGGUCAGGGUCCGGGGUCCCUGCUGAAAGCAUACAGCCCAUUGGCCAGCCCGGUGACCAGCUGCUGGGAGCCAAGGGAUGUCAAGGAAGUCAACCGAAGCCCCACACCAGCCCAGAGCCUGGACCGCAGAGACAGCAGAAUCCCAACCCAUUCCCCUGGUCCCUGUCGAGCCUCCUGGGCUGAGAGUGGUGAGGGUCGGGCCAGAUCUCAGGGUCAUGGAGGUAGGGUUGAAACUGGGGACAGAGCAGGGAAGGGAGAAAGAGGAACUGAUGAAGCUGGGGACAGAGCUGGUACACAGAAGGGAAAAGGAGGAACGGUUGCAAAGCGAGACAAUCCCAGGAUGAAGAGAUUGAAGAAAAAUUCUGCUUCUCUACCUGCAUCUGUCACCCUGGUCCCCAAGCCCCCACGCAGAGGCAACAGCUGUACCGUGGAUAACACUGAUCCUUACAGCCAGGCAGAGGACCUCUGUGUGGCCAGAGAGCGCAGCCAGAUACAGCCUAGUUCCCACAACCAGCAGGGACAAAAGGGCUCUGCUCGAGAUCAUAAGAUGCUCAAGUUCAUCAGUGGGAUCUUCACCAAAAGCAGCAACCCAGUCUCUGUCUCAGCCACCACUUCCUCUAAUACAGCAACACUUUCCCCUGUCUGCAAUAUACACAGACAGUCCAGUGAGGAGGAAGGUAGGACACCUCAGACACACACACACAGCAUAGGUCUACAUAUCACCUCACAAACCUCACUUCCUCUAAUGCUCUUGGUUGAAAUACGUUACAUGAAGAUCAAGAGCAACUGUCUGUUUGCAGUUUUUUGGCCAACAUGUAACAGAAAAUUCAGGAAGGAAUCAAACGAGCAUCCAUUUUAUUAUAGACUAGUCUAGUAUUUGAUCCGUAUGUAGAGGAAAUCAUUUAAAAUGGAGGGGAAAUAAUUUGCCAUUCUGAGAGCCUCGCAUACAUUUUAUAUAGAGCCCAUUAUCAAAUGGAUGUGACGUGUCUGUGAGUUUGAAACUUAAAGCCAUGUGUAACUGUAAAAGGAUGAUAGACAAAGUCCUUUGAUCUCUGAGCUGACAAUAGAGCUAUACUCCUGGACAGUUUCAUCUAAUUCCCUUCUGAACGGAACGGGGGGUGAUUUCACGCAGCCUGAAGGGUUAAUCUCUCUACAGUGUAGCUACACUGUGUUUGUCCCAAAAUACACCCUUUUCCCUAUUUAGUGCACUACUUUAGACCAGGGCCCUUUGGGCUCUGGUCAAAAGUAGUGCACUAUAUAGGGAAUAGGGUGCCAUUGGGACAUAGACACUGUGUUUAACUCUCAUAAUGAUCCUAAUGGUUAAAGCCAGAGCUAUAUAUUAUGGAUAUACUGUAUACUGCAUUGGUUAAAGCACAGGCUGUGCCAGCAUGACUAUCUGCGAUUUGAUGUAUUGGUUGGCUGGUGCUUGGUCUUAUUUCUGUCUCCAAAACCUUCCAGAGAAAGGAAGUGCAAUUACAGCCAAUGUCCUUAAUCCAUAUAUUUUAUGUUUCGCCUGCUCAGUGAUUGACUAUUCCUCCACAAAUAUCUCUGGCACAUGUCUCUCUCUCUCUCUCUCUCUCUCUCUCUCUCUCUCUCUCUCUACCUAUUUCUCUCUCUUCCCUGCAUUUCACAUCACCAACCAUCAGUCUGACAUUCUAAGCUCUAUAAAUAAUAAAUAUGGCCUUUUUUGGAGAAGUUAAUCAAACUUCAGAAGCCUUUGUAGUUUAAUCUGCCUCUGGCACAUACCAAUGUAUUUCAAGAACAAUACCAUGGAAACAUGAAUGAUGUCUGUAGAGGGUAGUGACAAGCUGUUUCACUGGUAUGUGUUCUGUGUCUAGUCAUGUAUGGUAUGUGUUCUGUGUCUAGUCAUGUAUGGUAUGUGUUCUGUGUCUAGUCAUGUAUGGUAUGUGUUCUGUGUCUAGUCAUGUAUGGUAUGUGUUCUGUGUCUAGUCAUGUAUGGUAUGUGUUCUGUGUCUAGUCAUGUAUGGUAUAUGUUCUGUGUGUAGUCAUGUAUGGUAUGUGUUCUGUGUCUAGUCAUCUAUGGUAUGUGUUCUCUCUGGGCAAGAGCAGAAUCAGCCUAGCAGGGUCUGGAGGAAAGGUUGCCAUAGCAACAUGGGGGUGCUAGGAGAGAUGCCUGUUAUGAGAGAGAGAGAGAGAGAGAGAGAGAGAGAGAGAGAGAGAGAGAGAGAGAGAGAGAGAGACUCUUCUGAUAUUCCCAGGAAGAGAAGAAGGGUUCUUUGAAUGUCAGUGACAUUUAACAGUUGCACUACAUUAGUAUGUCUUCAUCCAGUGCAGGGAGAGAGUCUGGAUAUUCAGCUUUAUACUGGGUGUUUUGUAGGCAGCUGUAUAAGGAUCAUGCUGUCUGAUUGCUUUGGCAACUUGUCUCGUGUGGCCUAAAAUACACUAUUGUCAUCCCUCUCUUUGUCUGUUGUCAGAAUGCGACAGUGAAAUGCGGUAGGCGAAGUCAAACGCAGGACACAGAGCUUACUGGAAACGUACUUUACUCGAAAGUAACCAGAGUAGAAAAAACAAUCUCCACAUAAGGACGAUAAACAACCCGCACACGAAACACUGCCGAUGACGAAAUACAAUAACACACAACACACAAUGAACGACAGAGGGUUAAAUAGGGAAUACAAUACAACAUAAUGGGGAACAGGUGUACACAAUCAGGACAAAACAAGUCAAACACCGAAACAUAGAUCGGUGGCAGCUAGUACUCCGGGGACGACGAACGCCGAAGCCUGCCCGAGCAAGGAGGAGGAGCAUCCUCGGCUGAUUCCGUGACAGUACCCCCCUCUUGACCCGCGGCUCCAGCCGUGCGCCGACCCCGGCCUCGGGGACGGCCAGGAGGACGCGGAGCAGGGCGAGUCGGAUGACUCCGGUGGAAGUCCCUCAACAUGGAGGGAUCUAGAAUGUCCCUCCUGGGGACCCAGCACCGUUCCUCCGGACCGUACCCCUCGCACUCCACGAGAUACUGCAGGCCCCCCGUCCGACGCCUCGAAUCCAAGAUGGAACGGACUGAAUACGCUGGAGCCCCCUCGAUGUCCAACGGGGGCGGAGGAGCCUCUCGUACCUCACUCUCCUGGAGUGGACCAGCCACCACCGGCCUGAGGAGAGACACAUGGAAUGAGGGGUUAAUGUGGUAAUUAAUGGGCAGUUGUAACCUAUAACAUACCUCGUUCAAUCUCCUCAGGACUUUAAAGGGCCCCACAAACCGCCGACCCAGCUUCCGGCAGGGCAGGCGAAGGGGCAGGUUUCGGGUCGAGAGCCAGACCCGGUUUUCCGGUGCAUACACCGGAGCCUCACUGCGGUGGCGAUCGGCGCUCGCCUUUUGCCGCCUGAUGGCCCGCUGCAGAUGGACAUGCGCAGCGUUCCAAGUUUCUUCCGAGCGCCGAAACCACUCGUCCACCACAGGGGCUUCGGUCUGGCUCUGAUGCCAAGGUGCCAGAACCGGCUGAUAACCUAACACACACUGGAAAGGCGUAAGGUUAGUGGACGAAUGGCGGAGGGAGUUUUGGGCUAUCUCAGCCCAGGGAAUAUAUCCCGACCACUCCUCUUGCCGGUCCUGGCAAUAUGACCUCAGAAACCUACCCACAUCCUGGUUAACUCUCUCCACCUGCCCAUUACUCUCGGGGUGAAAACCUGAGGUAAGGCUAAUCGAGACCCCCAGACGUUCCAUAAAUGCCCUCCAGACUCUAGAGGUGAACUGGGGACCCCGAUCAGACACUAUAUCCUCAGGCACCCCAUAGUGCCGGAAGACGUGUGUAAACAGGGCCUCAGCAGUUUGUAGGGCAGUAGGGAGACCUGGCAGGGGAAUGAGACGGCAGGCUUUAGAAAACCAAUCCACAACGACCAAGAUCGUAGUGUUCCCCUGGGAGGGAGGAAGGUCUGUGACAAAAUCCACCAAUAGGUGAGACCACGGCCGUUGUGGAACGGGUAGGGGUUGUAACUUCCCCCUGGGCAGGUGUCUAGGUGCCUUACACUGGGCGCACACCGAGCAGGAGGAAACAUAAACCCUCACGUCCUUAGCUAAGGUUGGCCACCAGUACUUCUCACUAAGGCAGUGCACUGUCCGACCAAUACCCGGAUGACCAGAGGAGGGUGACGUGUGAGCCCAGUAUAUCAAACGGUCGCGAACCUCGAGCGGCACGUACCUCCGACCCUCCGGACACUGUGGAGGAGUAGGGUCGGAACGUAACGCCCGCUCGAUUUCCACAUCCACCUCCCACACCACCGGUGCCACUAAGCAAGACUCUGGGAGUAUGGGAGUGGGCUCAAUGGACCUCUCCUCUGUGUCAUAUAGUCGGGAGAGGGCGUCUGUCUUAGCGUUCUGGGACCCUGGUCUAUAGGUGAGCUUAAAUACAAAGCGGGAAAGAAACAUUGACCACCUUGCCUGGCGAGGAUUCAGCCUCCUCGCUGCCCGGAUGUACUCCAGGUUACGAUGGUCAGUCAGAAUGAGAAAAGGGUGUUUAGCCCCCUCAAGCCAAUGUCUCCCCACUUUCAGGGCUUGAACCACAGCCAGCAGCUCCCUAUCCCCCACGUCAUAAUUGCGCACCGCCGGACUGAGCUUCUUAGAAUAGAAAGCACAGGGGCGGAGUUUAGGUGGCGUACCCGAGCGCUGAGACAGCACAGCGCCGAUCCCAGCCUCGGAAGCGUCCACCUCCACCUGGAAUGCCAAAGAGGGAUCCGGAUGCGCCAGCACCGGAGCCGAGGUAAACAGGUCCUUCAGACGUUUAAACGCCCUGUACGCCUCAGCUGACCACUGCAGGCGCACCGGACCCCCCCUUAGCAGAGAGGUAAUGGGAGCUGCUACCUGUCCAAAGCCCCGGAUAAACCUCCGGUAGUAAUUGGCAAAACCCAAGAAGAGCUGCACCUCCUUUACCGUGGUGGGAGUCUGCCAAUUACGCACGGCAGAAACGCGGUCAAUCUCCAUCUCUACCCCUGACGCGGACAACCGAUGUCCCAGGAAGGAGAUGGACUCCUGGAAGAACAGACAUUUCUCCGCCUUCGCAUACAGGUCAUGCUCCAACAGUCUACCAAGCACUCGACGCACCAGGGACACAUGCUCGGCUCGUGUAGUGGAGUAUAUUAGAAUGUCAUCUAUAUAUACCACAACACCCUGUCCAUGCAAGUCCCGGAAAAUCUCAUCCACAAAUGAUUGGAAGACUGAAGGAGCAUUCAUUAACCCGUAUGGCAUGACGAGGUACUCAUAGUGACCCAAGGUGGUACUGAAUGUUGUCUUCCACUCAUCUCCCUCCCUAAUGCGCACCAGGUUGUACACGCUCCUGAGAUCCAAUUUUGUGAAGAAUCGCGCCCCGUGUAAUGACUCCGUCAUACUAGCAAUCAGAGGGAGAGGAUAGCUGUAUUUGAUGGUGAUCUGAUUUAGACCACGGUAAUCAAUACACGGGCGUAAACCCCCAUCCUUCUUCUUCACAAAAAAGAAACUCGAGGACGCAGGGGAAGUAGACGGCCGUAUGUACCCCUGUCUCAAAGAUUCGGUGACGUAGUUCUCCAUAGCGGCCGUCUCCUCCUGAGACAGAGGAUAAACGUGACUACGUGGAAGCGCAGCGCCUACCUGGAGGUCUAUCGCACAAUCCCCCUGUCGAUGAGGUGGUAAUUGAGUCGCCUUCUUCUUACUGAAGGCGAUAGCCAAAUCGGCAUACUCAGUUGGAAUGUGCAAGGUGGGAACUUGGUUCGGGCUUUCCACCGUCGUUGCCCUACGGAAACGCAUACACACCGCCCAGUACACUGAUCAGACCAUCCCUGGAGAGUUCUCUGCUGCCAUGAAAUGUUGGGGUCAUGAGCUGUUAACCAGGGAAGCCCCAAAACCACGGGAAACGCAGGAGAAUCAAUCAAAUACAAACGUACUAUCUCCUCAUGACCCUCCUGCGUUUUCAUCUGGAGAGGCGCUGUGACCUCCCUAAUCAAUCCUGACCCCAACGGGCGGCUAUCUAGGGCAUGAAUGGGGAAGGGCACAUCAACAGGUACGAUAGGAAUCCCUAACGUAUAGGUGAACUGGCGAUCGAUAAAAUUCCCAGCUGCGCCUGAAUCUACUAGCGCCUUAUGCUGGGAGUGAGGAGAAACCUUGGGAAACACCACUUUAAUACACAUAUGAUCAGCAGAGAGCUCUGGGUGAGUUGGGUGCCUACUCACCUGGAAUGACUCAUCAGUGCGUCGCCCACUGCCUUGAUUCCUAGGAGACCCUCCCCAGCACCGACCAGCAGUGUGUCCUCUGCUGCCACAGUUGGUGCAGGGGACGGCCUCCCUCCUGGUCUCCCUCCUGGUCUCCCUAGCACCAGCACCCCCGAGCUCCAUAGGGGUCGGCUCGGAAGUGCUGGGGGAUGGAAUGGACGGCCCCGAAUCCGGACGUCCGCGGGUAGCCAACAGGGUAUCCAGGCGAAUCGACAUGUCCACCAGUUGAUCAAAGCUGAGGUUGGUGUCCCUGCAGGCCAAUUCCCGACGCACAUCCUCCCUCAGGCUGCAUCUGUAGUGGUCGAUGAGGGCCCUCUCAUUCCAUCCCGUGUUGGCAGCUAGCGUCCGGAAGUCCAGCGCGAACUCCUGCGCGCUCCUCCUCCCCUGUCUAAGGGGGAUGAUCGAAUACUGCCCGGAAGCGUCGGGUGAACUCCGCAUAGCUGACCGUAGCGGCGUCUAUCCCACCCCAUUCGGCGUUGGCCCACUCCAGCGCCUUGCCGGACAGACAGGAGAUGAGGGCGGACACGCUCUCGUAUCCCGAGGGCGCCGGGUGAAUGGUUGCUAGGUAGAGUUCAACCUGGAGUAGAAAACCCUGACACCCGGCCGCGGUGCCAUCAUAAGCCCUCGGGAGCGAGAGACGAAUCCCACUGGACUCCGGAGAUGGAACGAUGGGUAUGGCUGAUGGUGGUGGUAUCGUAGGAGGAGGUGUGGGCAAACCUCCACUCUCCCAUCGCCUCUAGGUGUCCAUCAACCCUUGCAUGGUGGUGCCCAGGUGCUGGAUCAUGGCCUCUUGGUGGAUUACGCGCUCCUCCAGUGAUCCACUUGGCACCGCCGAUCCUGCUGACUCCAUGAAGGUGUGUUAUUCUGUCAGAAUGCGACGGUGAAAUGCGGUAGGCGAAGUCAAACGCAGGACACAGAGCUUACUGGAAACGUACUUUACUCAAAAGUAACCAAUCUCCACAUAAGGAGGAUAAACAACACGCACACGAAACACUGCCGAUGACGAAAUACAAUAACACACAACACACAAUGAACGACAGAGGGUUAAAUAGGGAAUACAAUACAACAUAAUGGGGAACAGGUGUACACAAUCAGGACAAAACAAGUCAAACACCGAAACAUAGAUCGGUGGACGACGAACGCCGAAGCCUGCCCGAGCAAGGAGGAGGAGCAUCCUCGGCUGAUUCCGUGACAUCUGUUGUGUUUUCACACUGCAUCUGUGAGGAACUGACAUCACUGAGUAGUAGACUGCUGGCCCUGUUGUGUUUUCACACUGCGUCUGUGAGGAACUGACAUCACUGAGUAGUAGACUGCUGGCCCUGAUGUGUUUUCACACUGCAUCUGUGAGGAACUGACAUCACUGAGUAGUAGACUGCUGGCCCUGUUGUGUUUUCACACUGCGUCUGUGAGGAACUGACAUCACUGAGUAGUAGACUGCUGGCCCUGUUGUGUUUUCACACUGCGUCUGUGAGGAACUGACAUCACUGAGUAGUAGACUGCUGGCCCUGUUGUGUUUUCACACUGCGUCUGUGAGGAACUGACAUCACUGAGUAGUAGACUGCUGGCCCUGAUGUGUUUUCACACUGCGUCUGUGAGGAACUGACAUCACUGAGUAGUAGACUGCUGGCCCUGUUGUGUUUUCACACUGCAUCUGUGAGGAACUGACAUCACUGAGUAGUAGACUGCUGGCCCUGUUGUGUUUUCACACUGCGUCUGUGAGGAACUGACAUCACUGAGUAGUAGACUGCUGGCCCUGAUGUGUUUUCACACUGCAUCUGUGAGGAACUGACAUCACUGAGUAGUAGACUGCUGGCCCUGAUGUGUUUUCACACUGCGUCUGUGAGGAACUGACAUCACUGAGUAGUAGACUGCUGGCCCUGUUGUGUUUUCACACUGCGUCUGUGAGGAACUGACAUCACUGAGUAGUAGACUGCUGGCCCUGUUGUGUUUUCACACUGCGUCUGUGAGGAACUGACAUCACUGAGUAGUAGACUGCUGGCCCUGUUGUGUUUUCACACUGCGUCUGUGAGGAACUGACAUCACUGAGUAGUAGACUGCUGGCCCUGAUGUGUUUUCACACUGCAUCUGUGAGGAACUGACAUCACUGAGUAGUAGACUGCUGGCCCUGUUGUGUUUUCACACUGCGUCUGUGAGGAACUGACAUCACUGAGUAGUAGACUGCUGGCCCUGAUGUGUUUUCACACUGCGUCUGUGAGGAACUGACAUCACUGAGUAGUAGACUGCUGGCCCUGUUGUGUUUUCACACUGCAUCUGUGAGGAACUGACAUCACUGAGUAGUAGACUGCUGGCCCUGGACCUUGGAACCCACCACAGCAACACACAGAGUCACUCAGCUGCCUGCGGUCCCUCUCAUCACUGAACCACAGCUGUGAACAGAGGACACAGAGCGUCUGGGGGUGUGGGGGUAUGAGCGUCACAUUGCAUUGGACACCUUUAGACACUUUGAUCCUUUGCAGAGCAGCUGCCUUUGAAUGCCAGCUUCAGCAUGUAAAGGGAAUUCUAGGAGAACGACAAAAAAUAUGUAUGGCAAGCCUCUUGGGGGUACAGAGGAUAAACAGUGCAUUGACAAACUAGCCUAGUCCAGUAGACCCAUUUAUGUUGUAGUGAAGGUUACUUUGAUCAAGAGUGCCUGGCUGCCACACAGCCAAUUCACAUAGCAGUAAUUUAUCGCUAUUCCUUUCCAAGGCCGUUCUGAUUGUUGUUCCCCUUGAAUUAUCAAAAUUAUGAUCUCUCCCUCUGUCCCGUUCUCCCAUGCAGCGGCUUGUGCAAAUAGUCAAGAGUGGACCCUGAGUCGAUCCAUCCCUGAGCUCCGUGUGGUAAGACAAAGCAUCCUCAUUAAAGAUUAAUUGAAAGAGAAGUUAGAUAGAGCUUAAUCUCUUUUCACACUCUAUUCGGGGAAGCUACCACAUAUGAGUGAAGAUGUGUGUGUGUACAGUAGGCUAUGUGUGUGUUUUCUAACUUCUUUAAUCUGUGCAGGGUGUGCUGGGAAGUCUUCAGAGUGGCAGGUCAGCGCUGGUAAACAGAUACAUAACAGGCAGUUACCUUCCACUAGAGAAGAUUGAAGGUAAGUAUAACAAAACACUUUUCUUGUCCUACCAUUUUAUCUUUCAUAAUGGCUCUCUGACACACAGUAACUAACCUCUGCUCUGCUGUUCCAUUGUCAGGGGGGAGGUAUAAGAAGGAGGUAUUGGUAGAUGGACAGAGUCAUCUACUGCUAAUCAGAGAGGAGGCAGGGAGUCCUGAUGCACAGGUGUGUGGAAAUGUACAAGUGUAUUUGCUGGAGUGUGUGUAUACCUUGUUGCAUUGUUGUUCAUGUGCGAUGAUGUGUUGAGAAAUAAUUACAGAAUUACAAUCUAACUAACUCAUCAACAUCCUUAUCCUGACCCAUCUUGUACUCCUCUCCCUCUCACCUCUCUUCCCUCUCCUACCAAAUCUCUGUCUGUAGUUCAGCAGCUGGGUAGAUGCAGUGGUCCUCGUGUUCAGUCUGGAGAAUGAGGCCAGCUUCCAGGACGUGUACCAGCUGUACAGCCAGCUCAACACACACCGCAGCACUGCUGACAUCCCACUGGUUGUGGUUGGGACACAAGGUAAGGAACAGGCAGGAAUGAAUAUGGAUGGCUAUUUUGGAUAUGUUCAGGGAAAUGUAAGAGGGCAGAUGGAUAGCAUCUAGAGAACCAUUAGUCUUAUUUUAUAUAAUUAGACGGAGGAAAGUGAGCAUAUACUGUAUAAGCUACUGUAGCCUAUAUGACUUCAUCUCAAUGUCUGAAGCCCCACGGUCUCCGCCGUCCUCUUCCUAUAGACAAAAUCAGCAGUACCAACCCACGUGUGAUCGAGGACAUGCGUGCCCGGCAGCUAUGUGUUGACGUGAGGCACUGUGUGUUCUAUGAGACGUGUGCCACCUAUGGGCUCAACAUAGACCGGGUGUUUCAGGAGGGUGAGUCAACUGAAAUUGAGCAUUGGUGUCAGAGCUGGGGAUCCAAAAGUACAGCCACAUUACCAUUGUUUCAACACAAUAAAUAAUUUCGGUCCCACUUUACAACAAUGCUUCACAAAUAAUUUAAAAGCAAUGUCAUUCUACAUGAAGGAUUAUAUCACAAGUCUAUGUUGUUUGACCAGAGAUGCAUGGCUGUACUUACUUACCUAACACAUACAAUUCACAUCCUGAAGUAAUGAGUGAUUAGUGCCAUCUCAUUAGUGCUGUCUUACUCUCUCCUCUCAGCUGCCCAGAAAAUAGUCACACAGAAGAAACAGUCUGCAUUCCUGGCCUCCUGCAAGUCUCUCCCUAACUCUCCCAGUCACUCUGGGGGCUCCACAUCGGGGUCAACAUCCUUCCCUGGACAGGUAACACGCUACACACUGUUCACAUCUGUCUUUUUCCCAGGCUUAUCUCUUCUGUGUUGUUGACAGAAAAUCAAUACUGUAGUGUAGUGGGACCCACAGGUGGAUACCAGCUACAGUACUGAAGCUCCUCCUAUAAGCCUUAACCUUGAGCUGUGACUAGAUACAUUGUUGUCCCCCACAAUGAAAUCGGGGAGGGGACUGUGGAUAUGUCUCUGUACAUUAGUAUGAUAUCUCAGAUAGCCCUGGCCCGAUUUUGAAGAAACUUUGGUGAAUUAUGCGUUUGGCAUAGAGAUCUGGCAUUUACACAAUUACACUGAUUGACCAGAUGGGGGCGGCAGGUAGCUUAGUGGUUAAGAGCGUUGUGCCAGUAACCGAAAGGUCGCUGGUUCUAAUCCCUGAGCCGACUAGGUGAAAAAUCUGUCGAUGUGCCCUUGAGCAAGGCACUUAACCCUAAUUGCUCCUGUAAGUCGCUUUGGAUAAGAGCGUCUGCUAAAUGACUAAAAUGUAAAUGUAAAUAACAAAAUAUUGAAAAUGCAAACUUUGAAAGGUCACACCCCUCACCCCAUUUGAAAUUCGGUACAUAGGUCCCUCUCCUCACAAGGAACAAAUUUGCCUCAGGGACCCAUAAGGUCCUGCAUUAUGGAAUUUCCGCCAUUUCUAAUUUUGAGAAAAACACUUAAAACGCUACUCUUCUGGCAUCGAAUGACUCAUCUGCACAAAUCUUGAUAUGUGGCAUUUAUGGACAAAGGUCUCUCAACGCAAUAUUUUCCAGACUAGUACCUAAAACAUAAUGGCCGAUAUUGACCAAUAAACAUUCACGAGGGCGUGGUCUGGCACAUAAAUGCAAAUCAGUCAAGGCUAUUCGUAUUGUAACAAAAAUGUGUUCACAUGUUGCAAACACUGUGAAGAUUCAACAUCCAAGAAAAUUCAUAUCGACCACACGAUGGCACUAUAACAGGCACAUGUUUAUAUCUCUAGAUCUGUUUGACUCAGAGUGAUGAUAUUUGGCACACAUGCUCAGGAAUAUGAGUCUAGCUAACCCACACGAUAUCUUAGACAACACUGGCCCAAUUUUGGGCGAAUUAUGCAUCUUUCCAUUGAGAUCUGGCAUUUACAAAAUUACACUGAUUGGCCCAAGGCGGGAGUUUUUGGUUCAUCUAGGGCAGGUUGCCCAACCCUGUUCCUGGAGAGCUACCCUCCUGUAGGUCUUCGCUCCAACCCCAGGUGUUACUAACCUGAUUCAUCAUAUCAACCUGCUAAUUAUUAGAAUCAGGUGCGCUAGAUUAGGGUUGGAGCAAAAACCUACAGGAUAGUAGCUCUCCAGGAACAGGGUUGGAGCAAAACCCUACAGGAUAGUAGCUCUCCAGGAACAGGGUUGGAGCAAAACCCUACAGGAUAGUAGCUCUCCAGGAACAGGGUUGGAGCAAAAACCUACAGGAUAGUAGCUCUCCAGGAACAGGGUUGGAGCAAAACCCUACAGGAUAGUAGCUCUCCAGGAACAGGGUUGGAGCAAAACCCUACAGGAUAGUAGCUCUCCAGGAACAGGGUUGGGCAGUCCUGAUCUAGGGGCUUAAAAAAGGCCAUCGAUGGAUUCAAAGAAUGGUUCAAAACGUUUGGGAACCACUGUUGUAUGAUUUAUUCUAGUAGAUACCAAGUGUAUUCAGGAGGAAGAACAUGUUGUUUGUCCGUUUGUCUCAUUUUCAUCUCAUUUGUCCACAUCACCCCAUCAUAUCUCUGUGUUCCUUGUGCCACUCCCCCUGUAUGUCCCCCUGUUCUCCCCUCCCUCUCCCUCUCAGACCAGUAAUGGAGGACUGAAUAGUGGCUACCCCUCCUCCCUACCCUCCACCCCCGUGAUCAGCCACAGAGAGCUGCGGGGCGGGGCAGGGGCGGGGGUGGCGGUAGAGGGGGGCGGAAGUGUCACCUCCUCAGGGUCUGUGAGAAACGUCCCUCAACGGCGGACCUCUCUGUUCAAGGUCAGUUACUGUUCUCAGAAUCUCAGGUGAUAAAAUGAUUGGAGUCUUUCAUCAGCGAAACAAUGUCCCGAAGAGCCAUACAAUUCAAGUUGAGCAAGUUGAGGUGACUAAACUGCUUGGAGUAACCCUGGAUUGUAAACUGUCAUGGUCAAAACAUAUUGAUACAACAGUAGCUAGGAUGGGGAGAAGUCUGUCCAUAAUAAAGCAUUGCUCUGCAUUCUUAACAGCACUAUCAACAAGGCAGGUCCUACAGGCCCUUGUUUUGUCGCACCUGGACUACUGUUCAGUCGUGUGGUCAGGUGCCACAAAGAGGGACUUAGGAAAAUUGCAAUUGGCUCUGAACAGGGCAGCACGGCUGGCCCUUGGAUGUACACAGAGAGCUAAAAUUAAUAAUAUGCAUGUCAAUCUCUCCUGGCUCAAAGUGGAGGAGAGAUUGACUUCAUCACUACUUGUAUUUGUAAGAGGUAUUGACAUGUUGAAUGCACAGAGCUGUCUGUUUGAACUACUGGCACACAGCUCGGACACCCUUGCAUACUCCACAAGACAUGCCACCAGAGGUCUCUUCACAGUCCCCAAGUCCAGAACAGACUAUGGGAGGCUCACAGUACUACAUAGAGCCAUGACUACAUAGAACUAUAUUCCACAUCAAGUAACUCAUGCAAGCAGUAAAAUUAGAUAAAAAAAACAGAUUAAAAUACACCUAAUCAAAGAGCGGGGACUGUGAAGCAACACAAACAUAGGCACAGACACAUGCAUACAAACACACAAUAACAUACGCACUAUACACACAUGUACACAUGGAUUUUGUGUUGUAGAUAUGUGGUAGUAGAGUAGAGGCCUGAGGGCACACACUUAAUAUGUUGUGAAAUCUGUUGUGAAUGUAUUGUAAUGUUUUUUUAAUUGUAUAACUGCCUUCAUUUUGCUGGACCCCAGGAAGAGUAGCUGCUGCCUUGGCAGGAACUAAUGGGGAUCCUUAAUACAUACAAAUACAAAUUCAAACAAACUGAUUUCAAAACAGAGCUAAACAUACAUGUCCAGUUUUAGAUACAGUAGUAGUUACACAGUUUCCAACAGAGUACGUUUGAUUUUUGUUGUCUCUCUUCUCACUGCAUGGGUCACGUCUGUCCCGUACACUUGUGUCAGUCUGUCUUUAUACCUGUCACACUCAUCUCUAACUCUAUAAUGUUGAUACAACUUCUCUCAGAACCGUCGUGGUAGUGGCAGUGAAAAGAAUGUUGACCCUAAAGGUGACGUGGGCAGUGGCCGGGCUAUCACUAUCAAACAGGUCAGUGUGACACACACUGGAUACUGUGUAUAAUGAAUUGGUUAGUUCCAGUUCUUCAGUCAUGAAAGGGAACUGAAUGACAUUAAACCCAUUGUUUGUACAGAGUAUCCUAUGGAAGCGGAGUGGGAGCUCACUGAACAAAGAGUGGAAGAAGAAAUAUGUCACUCUGUCCAACAACGGCACACUGGCCUAUCACUCCAGCUUCAAUGUAAGUCACACCACAAUCAACCAGAUCAACACCAGUAACAUGAUCUCAUAAUAAUAAUAUGCCAUUUAGCAGACGCUUUUAUCCAAAGCGACUUACAGUCAUGGGUGCAUACAUUUUUGUGUAUGGGUGGUCCCGGGGAUCGAACCCACUACCUUGGCGUUACAAGCGCCGUGCUCUACCAGCUGAGCUACAGAGGACUCAUCUUAGUUAGUCUUUUUUUUAUGUAAUAAAAUUAGCUUAAAAUCUAUUUUGAUACGAGAAUCCACUGUGUUGAGAACUGUAAUACACAGUAAAAUUGCAAUAUUUUGAUUUUAUUUUUUUCAUUUCUAGUCUAGUGAAAUUCAGCACAUCAUCCUAGUUUAACGGAAAUGAUCUUGGCGGUUUCAGGACUAUAUGCAGAAUUCUCACGCUAAAGAGAUCGACCUACUGCGUGUCACAGUGAAGGUUCCAGGGAAACGCCCACCAAGGGCUGUCCCCCCUAAUGGCCCCUCCCCUGAACUCAAUGGUGUGGCCAAGGAUGCUGCACCCACGGAGAGUGCCAGUGCCCCAUUGUUGCCUGUUGAAGAACAGGCUGGUGCAUUGUCUUCUCCUGGAGAUAGAGGGGUAAAACGUUGUCCGUCAACACUGUCCAGCAAGUCACAUAGUGCUGGUAUGUCAGAAAUGUUACAUUUCCAUUCAUAAUAAUACGUUUCUAAUAUACAGUAUGCCAAUGUGGACUCUGGAGCAUGAUAGUACCAGAGCUGCAAGUUCCCACAACAUAACAAACAGGGUUUUAUUCAUCUUUGAACCCCAAUGUCAGAUGCUAUUGAAGGAGCAACCAGUCCCCCUUUUGGAAAAGAUGGUCAAUCCUCUCCAAUGAUGGACAAAAGGAAGAAAACAAGGAAGAAGAGUAUGAACCAGAAAGGCGACACAGCCAUUGGCCAGGCUGAAGGUGAGUUCUGGGCCUCUUACUGUGCAUCUCUUCCAGAUUAUUCUGUGCUCUUUAUAGAAAUCUAUUUUCCUUCUUCUUCCUCUCCUGCUAAUCUGGCCUAAUCUGUUGCCCUGCAGCCAAGCACACAAUGUGGAAAUAAAAAAACUUUGGUAGCUUGAGAAACAUUAACAAGACAGGUAACAACAAGGAACAGUGAGGAGCUGACUGACUCACUGAAUCUACCUGUGUGUUAUGCCUGUUUGUCUGUUUGUCUCUCCACCUAACAAGUGUAUUACACAUUUGGAUUGACCUGUGAUUUGUAAGGUUUGUUGUUUGUUUUCUUUACUAACUUUCUUUCUCUCAAUCACCCUUUUCCAACUUUUUGCAUCAUGCACAAUGUCUGCCUGCUCACUGUCCUCUUGUUUUAUGAUCAGCAAACAUCUCAUGGUGAUGAAGUGAGUCUGUGUUUAUGUUGGUUACAUGUACUUGUCGUGUAUGUACAUUAAAGAAGUGUUAAACAGUAUUUGCACUUAUAAUAAUAAUAUAAUAAUAUGCCAUUUAGCAGACGCUUUUAUCCAAAGCGACUUACAGUCAUGCGUGCAUACAUUUUUGUGUAUGGGUGGUCCCGGGGAUCGAACCCACUACCUUGGCGUUACAAGCGCCGUGCUCUACCAGUUGAGCUACAGAGGACCACUUACUAAAUGGGGCGGGCUAAUGAUAUUACAUUUUCCCAUUUUCCCUUGCCAACGUGUCUUUGUAGAUGAGGAGAAUACUGGCUUCAUCAUCGUGUCCAGCACGGGGCAGAUGUGGCACUUUGAGGCCCAGAAUCUGGAGGACAGAGAUGCCUGGGUGACGGCCAUAGAGAGCCAGAUACUGGCGAGCCUGCAGUCCUGUGAGAGCCUCAGGAACAAGGCACGGAACUGACUAGGCAGCACCCUGCGAUGUGUGGAAAUAUGUCAUGUUUAACAAUAGUAUUAAAUGUUGAUUUCUUAUAAUAGACUAUCUAAAUGUAAAUAGUAGAAAUAGUUCUGAAUGUUUUAUAGUAUAUAAAAUGUAUAUAUGUUCCCCGUGGGACCCUUCUGGGGAGUGAAGAUUAUGCUAGUGAAGAUUAUGCUGUUUGGCUAUGUAUUGACAGGCGUUGCGGUCCAAGUUGCUGAUUCCUUAGAGACGUAUUCAGUCACAAUGCACAUCCACUUCAUACUUGGAAAAUUUCAACUAUGUGAUCUUUCAUAGGCACGGAGGAGCAGCCAGAGUGAGGCGGUAGCAAUACAGGCCAUCCGCAAUGCCAAGGGCAACAGCUUCUGUGUAGACUGUGAAGCACCAAGUGGGUUUCUAGACUUUACCUCCUCUCUCACUCUCUUUAUCUAUCUCUCUCUCUCUAGUUCAAAACGUAUUAUUUUCCAUGUCCAUGCAUGUGCAAAGAGUGUUCAUUAUUCUACUAUCUACCAGAUGCAGCCAUUCAUUCCAUGAAAGGAAAGUAGUAAUGAAAAAGGAGUCAUUAGUGCAAAAUGGUUGAUUACAUUAGAAGCAGCCUUUCUUUUACUCAAUCUCAAUCCCUUACCCUCAAUCUCAAUCCCUUACUCUCAAUCUCAAACACUCUAUCUCAAUCUCAAUCCCUUACUCUCAAUCUCAAACACUCUAUCUCAAUCUCAAUCCCUUACUCUCAAUCUCAAUCCCUUACUCUCAAUCUCAAACACUAUCUCAAUCUCAAUCCCUUACUCUCAAUCUCAAUCCCUUACUCUCAAUCUCAAACACUAUCUCAAUCUCAAUCCCUUACUCUGAAUCUCAAUCCCUUACUCUCAAUCUCAAUCCCUUACUCUCAAUCUCAAACACUCUAUCUCAAUCUCAAUCCCUUACUCUCAAUCUCAAUCCCUUACUCUCAAUCUCAAACACUCUAUCUCAAUCUCAAUCCCUUACUCUCAAUCUCAAUCCCUUACUCUCAAUCUCAAACACUCUAUCUCAAUCGCAAUCCCUUACUCUCAAGCUCAAUCCCUUACUCUCAAUCUCAAUCCCUUACUCUCAAUCUCAAUCCCUUACGCUCAAUCUCAAUCCCUUACUCUCAAUCUCAAUCCCUUACUCUCAAUCUCAAUCCCUUACUCUCAAUCUCAAUCACUAUAUCUCAAUCCAUCUGCUCUGGUUUGGAUGUCCUCUCCAGACCCCACGUGGGCCAGCCUCAACCUGGGGGCGUUGAUUUGCAUCGAGUGCUCAGGGAUCCACCGUAAUCUGGGGACACACCUGUCCCGCGUCCGCUCUCUGGACCUGGAUGACUGGCCCAGGGAGCUGACACAGGUCCUGACUGCCAUCGGCAACCACCUGGCCAAUAGCAUCUGGGAAUGCUACACCCAGGGCAGACACAAACCCACACCCAACGCCACACGGUGAGGGUCCUGGUUCAGUAUAAUAGAUGGGGAACAUCUGGAUGCUUUAUUAAUGUUCACCUGUUUUGUGAGAGUUCAAAAGAAAAGCCAAUCUUUUUGUCCAAUGAACACCAUUAUUUGACUAGAAUAACAUUUAAAUGGUUGAAUCCAAGAAUGUGUUGCAGUACAUCAAAUGGAAGAUACUGUAUGUUGCCACAGAGAUCUCUAUCUUGAUCCAUGAACAGUUGCCAUGGUAACUCAUGGUCACUUAUCUGUGUUUGUGUCUCUCUCACAGAGAGGAGAGAGAAUCAUGGAUCCGUGCCAAAUACGAGCAGCGCGUGUUUGUGGCACCCCUGCCUGCUCCAAGCCCCACAGGCCCAGGGGACACUGCCAUGUCUGUGUGUCUGCUGUCCGCGGUGACAGAGAGGGAUUUGCGCAGGCUCCUACUGCUCCUGGCCCACAGCAACAAGGAACAGAUCAACACUGCCCUGGCCAAUGGAGGAGCACCCUCACAGACACAGCCUCACACCGCCCUGCACGCUGCCUGUCAGCUGGGCGAUGUGGUCAUGACACAGCUGCUAGUCUGGGUAAGGCCCUGGUCUGGACAAAUUAUUUGCUGAUGAUGAUCUUUCCCAAGCACUGGACACACUUUGUUAGCCUUUAGCCCAAGUCAAGUGGCGUCACAUGAAAAUAAUUCAUUCAUUCAUUCACCUAUUCUCAAUUAUUAUAUUUCUUGGUAAUUUUAUACAGAAUGUAAAUGGUGAAUUGUUCAAUCUCUCUCUCCCUGCAGUAUGGAAGUGAUGUGAAGGCCAGGGAUCCUCAGGGCCGGACAGCCCUGACCAUGGCUAGAAAAACUGGGAGCAAAGAGUGUGCUGACAUCCUCCUGCAACAUGGCUGCCCUAACGAGGUCUCCCCCACUUCAACCACACUUGGUCUCUCCCGUAGACCUAGCACUGCCAGCCUCAGCAGCCUGGGUCGUACCAAUUCCAGGAAGAGGGUUUCGUAG